AGAGGAGAGAUGUAAGCGAAGAAAACAAAAACCUCAUACUCCAGACACUGCUUUGUAUAUUUGGAAAUUAAAAUGGCUACUGAAAAGAUCGAAGCCGAAGUGGAGAUCAAGUCCCCAGCUGAGAAGGUGUAUAGCGUUGUCAGGAGCCAAAAUCACGUUGUCCCAAAAGCUGCUUCCGACAAAAUACACCAUGUUGAGGUGCACGAAGGUGACUGGGAAACUCAUGGAUCAAUCAAGCUAUGGAAGUACACUAUAGAUGGAAAGGCUGAGGUGUUGAAGGAAAAGGUGAUAUUGGAUGACGAAAAGGAGAUUGUAACCCUUGUUGCUGUUGAGGGACAUUGUUUGGAUCUUUACAAGACCUACAAGAUCAUCGUUGAUGUAAAUCCAGGUGUAGUCAAGAUUACAAUUGAGUACGAGAAGCGCACCGUAGACACUCCCGCUCCGAAUCACUACUUGCAGUUUCUGGUGAAUAUCGUCAAAGAUAUCGAUGCUCACAUUCUCAAUCCAACAAAUUAAUAUAUAUAUGAAAGUUGUGAUGAAUAAUGAGUACAUGACCGACGCACCUCUUCUGUGUGCGAUAGUAUUAUGCUUAUCCUUGUUGCGAUCAACUUUUAUAAUAUGCUUUGGUGUAUGGUGUGCUACUUCUGUAUUAUUAAUCUUUAAAAAUGGAAGUCGUCAACAUAAGUGCGUUAUUGGAGUAACA